CAAAGCACACAGAAAUAUGCCACCAAGGCACAUUCACAGCUUCCGUCCUUUUUCCCCUUUACUGUAACUGCUGCAGGGAAACGAGUUGUUAAGGAGAAGGCAUGAAUGGGACAGCCAUUGAAAAUUUUGUCUGUGUCAUUUUUAAUGUUUCCUUCAUGAACUGCACUUGGCAUGUGGGCAGGACUGCUUCAGAAGAUACCCAGUAUUUCCUGUACUGGAAAACCUCAGAGAGAGAAGAUUUCUCAGGAUGCCAGAAUUACAUCAAAGAUAAUUUUGGAAGGCACACAGGAUGUAGAUUCCGAAAUGUGACAAUAGAACGUAAGAGAGCUCAUUUCCUGGUAAAUGGGUCUAGAAGUGGACAAAACGUUCAGUCGUAUGAGAAGAAGAUUUUUCUGUAUGAAAUUGAAAAACUCACCCCUCCAUUAAAUGUCACUGUGAACUGUACAGAAGCUUCUCAUAGUUGUGAAAUUCGGUGGCAACCACCUCGCACAAGUCAUGUGAAAAAACAUACUUGUUUCAAAUAUGAAAUUGUCAUAGAAAGCAAGGAUAAUCCUGACAAAAACAUCAAAACCUCAUCUAAAACAGAGACAAGCAUCCCAGGAAACUCCUUCAUAUUUGGGAGCUUCAGUGCAGAAAAAAGGUACAGCGUCAAACUCAGAGCAACUGACAAUGGUUGUUUAGUGAGCACAAGCUGGGGAGAGUGGAGUACACCCGUAGAGUUUGGAAAAGAACAACUCACAUCUACUUCAUCACAUACGUUAUUUCUGAUACCAGUGCUGACAACGAGUCUUGUACUUUUUCUCUUCGUAGUAAGCAUUUAUUUGAAAAAAACAUCUGCUACAGUACCACAGCCAAGAAACCUAUUCCAUGAGGUCUCUUCAGCGGAUUUCCAGGUAUGUUUUCUUUCCAUUUGCCUGAAAUUUGUUGUAAAUAAGGAUCCAUUGCAAUCUCAAAGGUAUGACCUAAGUGUCAGUAAGGUGCACAGAAGAUAAACUUUCUUUUUCUUGUUCUUGGGGUAUUGGAAGAGAAGGUCCAUAUGCAAAUAAUUUUUCUGGUUUUCCUUUUUCAUUCUGAAACAGUUGUCAUCUGUUUACCUGAAACACUGGAGAAAUUUCACCCUGUUCUCCCUAUAAGCCAUAUGGUAUCACUAGAAUAGUGCUGAGCCUAAGCUUCUCAGGACAAUAAAAAUGCAGGAUCAGACUGUUGGUCAGCUAUGGGGAGAGAACGGACAAAGAAAUCUACUGCUGGCCAAAAAUAGUUGUGCCAUAGCAGAUGUUGAGACCCAUAUUAGUAUUUAACAAUCAUGCUGAAGGAGGAAAAGUUUUUAGGAUAUGGUAAGCAAGAAAAUCUAACAGAGAGCUGAGAGGUUCUAGUUUAUGUGGAGAGCUGGAGAGACUCAUGAGAAGAAGGGACAGGCAGACGUUGCAAGUAACAGAGGGGAAUUGCCCAUCUAGAGAGCAUGUUGCAAAGUUUGCUGGAAUUUGCAAUUUGCAAAGUCUUUAAGUUGGCUACAGCCAGGUCUGGAAGCAAGACUGUGUCUGCAAGCACAUGCUGGAUCACUGGUGAACCCUUAAUUCUUUUACUUUUUGUUCCUUCAUCAUGUUAACUUUUCCAUGUUUAAAAAGAUGAGUUUUCUGGCUUUUUAGUCGAAAAGUCUUUGACCUCUUUGGCGAGCUCAUCAUGGAGAGAAGACCUAGACGCAUCUACAUCAGUCCUCUCAUUGACAGAGUCCCACUACAGCAUCUAUAUAAUAAAUAACAACUCUCUGAAUGAGAGAAGACUCAUAAAUUGUAAAGUCAUGGCUAAUCUCAUGCAUGAAACACUAAUGAAAUAUUUUAUUCUUCUUUAUUAGACAGAAUAUAAGAAUCAAUUAAUUAAGCAUGAAACUGAAGAAAUAACAAGAAUUACUGAAGAAGUGGCAUAAUGGCAUGCAAGUGAAAUGAGCAACUUGAAUUUUUUCAAACAUGUAUAUCUUGUUGGCAGUAAUUUUCAGGUUUUUCAUAUUCUCUCCCUCUUGCAAGCAGAGAGAACAGUGUUGCCUGUAGAGACAAUUCCCCAAGAGCCUAUCUUAUUUGUAUUUGAUUGCAUUUUCCAUAAAUAAUUUUAGUGGUUUUGACUAUUUUUGUUUCUUCUUAUAAUGAAUAUUCUUGCAAUGUUUCAGCAAAAAUAUUUCAAUAGAGCUUUGGAAGUUAUUAUACUGAUUUUCAACACCAUGCAAAAGAAUAACAUAAGAACAAUGAAACUUAAGGGGUUUAUUCAAGAUCUCCAGUGGUCCAAUGCCUUGGAAAAGGUACAGCCACACUGAGAUUGUGAUCAAGAAUAAAACUUUGUCAUCCGUAUGAAAACCCACUGAAAACCUGCUGUGCUGGUUUUGGUUGGGAUAGAGUUAAUUUCCUUCAUAGUAGCUAGUACAGGGCUGUGUUUUGGAUUUGUGCUGCAAACAGCAUUGCUAACAGAGGGAUGUUUUCGUUACUGCUGAGCAGUGCUCACACAGAGCCAAGGCCUUUGCUGCUUCUCACACCACCCCACCAGCGAGUGGGCUGGGGGUGCACAAGGAGUUGGGAGGGGACACAGCCGGGACAGCUGACCCCAAUGACCAAAGGGAUAUCCCAUACCAUAUGACGUCAUGCUCAGCAUGUAAAGCUGAGGGAAGAAGAAGGAAGAGGGGAACAUUCGGAGUGAUGGUGUUUGUCUUCCCAAGUCACCGUUACGCAUGAUGGAGCCCUGCUUUCCUGGGGAUGGCUGAACACCUGCCUGCCCAUGGGAAGUGGUGAAUGAAUUCCUUGUCUUGCUUUGCUUGUGUGCGUGUGGCUUUUGCUUUACCCAUUAAACUGUCUUUAUCUCAA